GCAAGCAGAACAGAGCACAUCAUGACAAGCGAAAGUACAAAGGUGAUGAAAGAUAGCUCCACACAAUGGGAAUUGCCGCCAACUGACCAUUCAUACACAAAUAUGAGACAUCCCAUGACCGUGAAAACUAUUUCCUAUCGAACACUGACCAGUGAUGACAUUCUUUUUUACACUGGCAUUCCUGUGGCUGUAUUUGACAAACUCGUGUCAGCACUGAAGACUCAGGACAAGACAGUCUGCAAGGUCUUGACCAUCGAAGACCAGCUGCUAUUGACCCUCAUGAGGCUUAGACUUGGCCUCCUUUGUGGAGAUCUAGCAAGACGAUUCGAGGUCUCAGUCGCUUAUAUUUCUAGAACAUUUUCGAGAGUGCUGGACGACCUGGUGAAGAUCAUGCAAGAAGUUGUUGUAUGGCUGCCCCGCUCAAGGUUGCGGGCAAACAUGCCAGAGAGUUUCAGAAACUGUGAGUACAGUCGUACAACAUGCAUAUUUGACUGCACUGAGGCACUAAUGCAAAGGCCACGGAAACUGAUGGCCAGAUCCCAAAGUUACAGCCAAUACAAGGGUGCAAACACAAUGAAAUUUCUUACCGUCAUAGCACCAAAUGGAUUUAUAAUGUUCGUAUCAGAUGUGUAUGGAGGCAGGGCCUCAGACAAAUACAUUGUAAAGACAUGUGGAGUGGAAGAAUACCUCCUUCCAGGGGACGAGAUAAUGGCAGACCGCGGUUUCAAGCUUGACCCUCAUCUUGAAGUUCAAGGGAUUAAAAUGAACAGGCCUGAAUUCACAAAAGGAAAGGAUCAGCUACCUGAAAGUGAAGUCACCGAAACUAGGCGCAUCGCUUCGCUGCAAAUUCAUGUUGAGCGGGAAAUCAACCGAAUCAAGAGGUUACGCUCCUUCUCGGUUCUGGAUCCUGGCCUUCUGAAUGGCAUCCCUGCACUCCGCUGUACGGGCUGA